CUCUAACGGGAGCUGCGCGUUUGCGUCCGUUACAACGAGUGCUUAGUUUAGUUUUCCUCUAUUUUGGGGCCCUCUGAAAUUAACAGUUCACUUUCGUUGGUGGCUCGAGUGCGACGUGCUUAGCGGAAAACGCUUUUCCAGGCAGAGUGCGCCAUUUCUACUUGCCUGCAAGUCAGCCACAACUUAUUAUCGGUAAUUGCACUGCAAAGUGCGUAAUUAAAGCUUCGGAGGAAAACUGCGUUUUCCACAUUUCCAGAACCUGCCCCAUUUUCGCACGACAAAAUCAAACGCGUUUCGUCAACCGUCCGCUUAAAACGUAAACAGUAAACAAUACAUAACUAAAACUUCACGCAAAAACCAAACGAUCGUUGGGCAAAUAAAAAUAAAAACCGCGAACUCCGCCGAAUUAAAAUCUUUAAAAGAUGGCGUUCAUUUCGAAAGAUUUUCGAUCUCCGGGGGAAACUUGGAUUAAAACCGAAGGCGGCUGGGAGCGCUCCAAGGUGCUCGAAUGCGGAGGCAAACGGAAGCGGCAUCAUUCGGAGGGAAGUAGCAGUUACCAGGAUGCGGGCAGCGACAGUUCGGAGGAGGACGCGGUGAUGCCACCGCACUACCACAUCACUAUUCGGUGUACCCGAGAAAUAGCAGGAUUCAAUGGCUUUAGCGAGGCCGUUAAGCGUCUAAACUUUCAAAGAUCGGUGCGGGAUCGGAAAAGGUUCCACUACAUCUGCGCCUUCCUGCUGCUCGUGUCCAAUAAGGGACUGGCUAGUCUGCCGGGCAGUGCUCAACGCCAGCUACUCCAAAUGGUCGAGGAGGUUGCCUCCCAUGUAAAUGACAGCCAGCAGCAUCCGAAUGUGCUGCGUGGCCUGGCCUUGAAGCUGGAGAACAUCGUCAGCCAGGAGAACCAGAAGUGCUGGGGAAAGCCACUGGGCAGCACCUACCUGUGGAAGGAGCACAUGGCCACCAUUAAGCGCAUCCAGCGCGUCGCCAGCCAAAUUGAAAUUCGAGAGCCCGAUCCGGAGGCCAAACCGAAACUGCACGAGCUGCCGGAGGAGUGCGUGCGGGAGAUCAUCCUGUGCAUCGCCGACCAUCGGGACCUGGAGUCGGCCGCCGAGGCCUGGGAGACCAUGGCCAAGCUGGUCUCCGAGCAGAGGAUUUGGCGCGAGCUGACCCGCUUCCACUUCAACCAGCGCCAGAUCCACACGAUCCUCGACCUGGACAAGUUCAAGCAGAUGGGCGAGAUCAAGGACUGGAAGCAGAUCUAUCACCAGCUGCGACGCACGUACGGCGUCAACGACGACUACCAGUUCGCGGAGGUGUUGGCCCUGUGCCGCUCGUGCUGCUGCCUCUUUUGGCCGUCGGACGGGCAUCCGUGCAUCGUGGACCAGAGUCCCGACUACAAGCAGCGCCUGGAGGAGGCGGGCGGACAGCUGGCUUUGGCCCAGCCGGUGCCUCCGGCCCAGUUUCUCAAGUACUUCUCGUUGUAAGCGGACCGGACCAAGGGAGAGAGAUAGAGAUAGAUCGAUAGUAUUUUUACGGAGGCGUGCAGGAUUGGUUGUUUGGCUGCGAAUGAAAGUCUUUAUGUGUGUGUUAAAGUUUUACCCUUGGAGAGAGGCGGAAUGGAUGGAUGGAUGGCUGGAUAGUCGAGGAGUGGAUCAGAAAAAGCAAAGUGAUAAAGAAAUCCCUAAUCUAUAACUACAUAUAUGUAUGUGCGUAGGCCGCCAGACUCGUUUCGAUUGGUUUGCAGUUUGUCCAGAUUAAGGUUCAGAUUCUAGUUCAGCGUGGCUUUAGUUCAGUUAUUUGGCAACUUAUUGUAUUGUGACAUCUUCCGGUGAAUUACUAGCUGUGGAGGACCGAAGAUUACUAUUAGUUGUGUAGUUUAUCGACUCGCGUGUCAGUUGCCAGGGUCCAAUUUUGGAUCGCCAAAUUUUUGAGAUCGGAGCAGUUAUAGACUUAUUUAGGACACGCAAAACGAACUGCCACAAAACGAGAAUAAGCGAUUAUAUUUUGUCAAGCUGAUUAUUGCGAGACCGUGCAUGGAGAAAACUAUUUUUAACGUACCAGUAUAUAUAAUUGCCGAUUUGUUCAUUUUAAGACAAACGAGAGAAAUACACUUUUAUGCAUGACUUUUGAGCGAUCUAUUGUAGGUGUUAAGUGUAGUUUCUUUUACGUAAACCAGCUGCUUUUGGUGCUAAAUCUUAUUAUAAGUUCCAAUCAAGUGAAAUGAAAUAAAAAACCAGCUCUAGUUACCCCGUCCCCAGUGCGAUCCAAUUCGAUUUAAAGUUCCGAGUAGAAGACGCCGAGUGGAGGAAAUCAUGUGAUGUUGCAGGAAGCAAAGCUAGAAACGAAUACACCUACCUAACGAUAACAAAUCUUCGAGCGAUUUGCCGCUAGGCAAUGCUAUAUACAAAUAUUAGAGACCGUCGCCAGUUUAAGAGUAAUUUUAUGGAAUACCUGCCCUGGAAACAGAUACUAAUUCCUUUCCCCCAAACAAAUCGGAAGCCAAGUGUUUCCCAAACCAAAACCAAACCAAACACUCUUUAAUGGAUCGGUGCUUGUCGAAACAAAACAGAAAUAUUGAUAAUGUUUGUGUGUAUAGAUACCCGUUAGUAGAAACCCCGAUCCCAGCCUCAUGAUUUACCUGUAAAAUACCAGUUCGAUAACAUUAAUUUUACUAUAACUAUUACUAUUGUAAGUACGAAAGUUUUAGCAUUCUCAAUCAUUUGUUUGCAAACAUUUCUACGCGAAAUAAAUCUCUCAUUUUAUGUUUAAAAUAAACUUGCAAAUAUCUGUGGAUCA